CAAUCGUGAAGGUAGUAAUUUCCUUCUCCAGUACGGUUGUGUUCCAUAAGGGUAGCAAAAGACACGUGGAGAGUUUGCAAACUUCAAAUAAAUCAUUUUAAGUGCAUUUUGUUUACAUCUCCAACAGACAAAUUUUUUUAUAAAUAUCCAAAAUGCCGUCGCAAAACUGCUAUUUGGUUCUAGAAGACAACACCAUAUUGCCUGGUUAUGCAUUUGGUGCUAAGGCGCCUGUCGAUGGUGAGGUGGUCUUUCAAACUGGUAUGGUGGGUUAUCCCGAAUCGAUGACCGAUCGUUCAUAUCGUGCACAAAUACUGGUGCUAACCUAUCCGCUAAUCGGCAAUUAUGGAGUGCCAGAUGAGAAAGAGCUCGACGAACAUUGCCUGCCGGUAAAUUUUGAAUGGUUGGAAGGCAUUACAGUAGCUGCGCUAGUGGUGGGCGAAGUAUGUGAAGCACCGUCACAUUGGCGUGCUAAGCAAACGCUGUCACAGUGGAUGGAAGGUCAUGGUGUACCAGGCAUUAGCGGCAUAGAUACACGUGCACUCACGAAAAAGAUACGCGAAAAUGGUUCCAUACUGGGCCGCAUCGUUUACGAGAAACCAACAAAUUUGGGUAGUCUAACUUUUGCCGAUCCAAAUUUGAGAAACUUGGUAGCCGAGUGUUCCGUUAAGGAGCCACGAGUAUUUAACGCCACUGGCACGCCACGUAUUUGUGCCAUCGAUUGUGGUUUGAAACUGAAUCAGAUUAAGUGCUUUGUGUCACGUGGUGCGCGUGUCGAGUUGGUACCUUGGAAUUAUCCACUGAAGGAGGAUGAGUUUGAUGGGCUCUUCAUUAGUAACGGUCCUGGUGAUCCGUUUGUAUGUAAGGACACUGUUAUGCAGAUACAACGAGUUUUGAAGAAUGGCAAGAAACCGAUUUUCGGUAUUUGUUUGGGUCAUCAACUGCUCGCAACCGCUAUUGGUUGCAAGACGUACAAAAUGAAGUAUGGCAACCGUGGACACAAUCUGCCAUGCGUACAUAACGGCACUGGACGGUGUUUCAUGACCUCGCAAAAUCACGGUUUUGCUGUGGACAGCAACACAUUGCCAGCUGAGUGGGAGCCACUUUUUACUAAUGCCAACGACAACACUAAUGAAGGUAUCAUCCACACAAGCAAGCCAUACUUCUCGGUACAAUUCCAUCCUGAGCAUACCGCUGGUCCUGAAGAUUUAGAAUUGCUUUUCGAUAUUUUUCUCGAUGCCGUAAAGCAAAAAAGUCUUGCAGGCGAUGUGAGCUUACGUCAGAAUUUGAUCAAUCGUCUUACAUACCAACCUAAAUACGACACCAUACACGAAAAACGUCCACGUAAAGUACUAAUUCUCGGCUCCGGCGGCUUAUCAAUUGGGCAAGCGGGAGAAUUCGACUACUCAGGCGCACAAGCCAUUAAAGCAAUGAAAGAGGAGAAAAUACAAACCGUUCUGAUAAAUCCCAACAUCGCCACCGUACAAACAUCAAAGGGUCUCGCCGACAAGUGCUACUUCUUGCCCUUGACGCCAGAGUAUGUGGAGCAGGUUAUACAAGCGGAGCGUCCAAAUGGCGUGUUGCUCACGUUCGGUGGUCAAACAGCGCUCAAUUGUGGUGUCGAAUUGGAACGUGCUGGUGUCUUCGAGAAAUAUAACGUGCAAAUAUUGGGUACACCCAUACAAUCGAUUAUCGAGACGGAGGAUCGAAAAAUCUUCGCCGACCGCGUUGCUGAAAUUGGCGAGUGUGUCGCGCCAUCAGAAGCUGUCUACUCAGUAGAAGAGGCAUUGGAGGCCGCUAAACGUUUGGGCUAUCCAGUAAUGGCGCGUGCGGCAUUUUCAUUAGGUGGUUUAGGCUCCGGUUUCGCAGACAAUGAACGCGAACUGGAGACACUCGCACACCAAGCAUUGGCACACUCAAGUCAACUGAUUAUUGACAAAUCGCUUAAAGGUUGGAAGGAGGUGGAGUACGAGGUUGUACGUGACGCCUACGAUAACUGCAUAACGGUUUGUAAUAUGGAAAAUCUCGAUCCUUUGGGUAUACAUACUGGCGAGAGUAUUGUGGUGGCGCCAUCACAGACGCUCUCCAACAAGGAGUACAACAUGUUGCGUAGCACUGCGUUGAAGGUGAUACGUCACUUUGGUGUGGUUGGCGAAUGUAACAUACAGUAUGCGCUCAAUCCACACUCUGAGGAAUACUACAUCAUUGAGGUGAAUGCACGCCUUUCUCGCAGCUCCGCUUUGGCCAGCAAGGCCACGGGCUAUCCGUUGGCAUAUGUCGCAGCCAAGUUAGCGCUUGGAGUUUCCCUACCAUCGAUUAAGAAUUCCGUAACUGGUGUGACCACAGCGUGCUUUGAGCCCAGCUUGGAUUAUUGUGUGGUCAAGAUACCCAGAUGGGAUUUGGCGAAGUUCAUACGCGUCAGUAAGAAUAUUGGCAGCUCAAUGAAAAGUGUAGGCGAGGUUAUGGCUAUUGGACGAAACUUUGAGGAGGCCUUCCAGAAAGCAUUACGCAUGGUGGAUGGCGCAGUAAAUGGGUUUGAUCCCGACCAGCAUCCAUUUUGUAAGGAGGAACUAACUGAGCCGACAGACAAGCGUCCAUUUGUGCUUGCAGCGGCACUCAAAGCCAAUUAUGGUGUUGAGGAGUUACAUCGGCUCACCAAGAUUGACAGAUGGUUCUUAAAUAAGAUGAAGCACAUUAUAGAGUUCCACAAUAGCUUGGAAGAGACAGGUAAUCCACUGUCGGGCGCACAAAUCUUGCAAGCAAAGCAGAUUGGCUUUUCUGAUAAACAAAUUGCUGAGGCUAUUAAGAGCACAGAGUUAGCGGUACGUAAGCAGCGUCAAGAGCUGGGCAUCAAACCUUUUGUCAAGCAAAUAGAUACCGUGGCUGGCGAGUGGCCUGCAGCCACCAACUACCUCUAUCACACUUAUAAUGCUAAUGAACACGAUUUAGAGUUCCCAGGCGGUUUUACGAUUGUGGUUGGCUCGGGCGUCUACCGUAUCGGCUCAUCGGUGGAAUUCGAUUGGUGCGCCGUUGGUUGCUUGCGCGAAUUGCGUAAUCUCGGUAAGCCCACAAUUAUGAUAAACUAUAAUCCGGAGACAGUAUCGACCGAUUAUGACAUGUGCGAUCGUCUCUACUUUGAGGAGAUUUCGUUUGAAGUUGUGAUGGAUGUUUAUGAAAUGGAAAAUUCUGAGGGAAUUAUACUUUCGAUGGGUGGUCAGUUGCCAAAUAACAUAGCCAUGGAUCUGCAUCGUCAACAGGCCAAAGUGCUCGGCACAUCACCGGAGUCUAUUGAUAGCGCUGAGAAUCGCUUCAAGUUCUCACGUAUGUUGGACCGCAAAGGCAUAUUGCAACCACGUUGGAAGGAGUUGACGAACUUAAAGAGCGCCAUUGAAUUUUGUGAAGAAGUCGGCUAUCCAUGUCUCGUGCGUCCGUCAUAUGUGCUCUCCGGUGCCGCUAUGAAUGUGGCGUAUUCCAAUCAAGAUCUGGAGACCUACUUAAACGCUGCAUCACUAGUAAGCAAGGAGCAUCCAGUAGUUAUAUCCAAAUUCUUGACAGAAGCAAAAGAGAUCGAUGUGGAUGCCGUUGCGGCGGAUGGUGAGAUUUUGUGCAUGGCCGUUUCGGAGCAUGUGGAGAAUGCUGGUGUGCAUUCCGGUGAUGCCACUUUAGUAACACCACCACAAGAUUUAAAUCAUGAGACUUUAGAAACCAUUAAGCGCAUUACACGUGAUUUGGCCGCGCUGCUUGAUGUCACGGGUCCAUUCAAUAUGCAGUUGAUUGCUAAAAAUAAUGAACUCAAGGUUAUUGAGUGUAACGUGCGUGUCUCACGUUCAUUCCCCUUCGUAUCGAAGACAUUGGAUCAUGAUUUUGUGGCAACAGCAACGCGUGCCAUUAUUGGCAUAGAAGUGGAACCGGUGGAAGUGUUGCAUGGCGUGGGAAAAGUAGGUGUGAAAGUGCCACAAUUCAGUUUCUCACGUCUGGCUGGUGCCGAUGUACAGUUGGGUGUAGAAAUGGCUUCCACCGGUGAAGUGGCUUGCUUUGGUGACAAUCGUUAUGAGGCCUACUUGAAGGCUAUGAUGUCUACCGGUUUCCAGAUACCAAAGAAAGCUAUACUACUCUCGAUAGGCAGUUUUAAGCACAAAAUGGAACUAUUGUCCUCGAUCAGAGACUUGGCGAAAAUGGGCUACAAGUUGUACGCUUCCAUGGGUACUGGCGAUUUCUAUGCGGAACAUGGUGUGGAUGUGGAAUCCGUGCAAUGGACUUUCGAUAGGCAAUCACCGGAAGAUCCCAAUGGCGAGCUGCGUCACUUGGCUGAGUUCUUGGCGAAUAAACAAUUUGACAUGGUCAUCAAUUUGCCAAUGAGGGGAGGUGGUGCAAGGAGAGUGUCUUCCUUCAUGACGCAUGGCUAUCGCACACGUCGUCUUGCUGUCGACUACUCCAUUCCGUUGGUGACCGAUGUCAAGUGCACAAAACUUUUAGUCGAGUCUAUGCGCAUCACAGGCCGUCGUCCAGCAAUGAAGACGCACACUGACUGCAUGACGUCUCGCCGUAUUGUUAAAUUGCCCGGUUUCAUUGAUGUGCACGUACAUUUACGAGAGCCUGGCGCCACGCACAAAGAAGACUUUGCCACCGGAACCGCAGCCGCUUUGGCUGGUGGUGUGACACUUAUUUGCGCUAUGCCCAAUACAAAUCCUUCGAUUGUGGAUCGUGGCAGCUUCCAGGUCUUCCAGGACUUAGCCAAGGCCGGCGCACGCUGCGAUUAUGCGCUCUAUGUUGGCGCUUCUGACAAAAACUGGCAGUAUAUUGGCGAAUUGGCCUCACAGGCUUGCGGUUUGAAGAUGUAUCUGAAUGAUACGUUUAGUACGCUGAAAAUGACCGACAUGACAGUAUGGGAGAAGCACAUGCAAAACUGGCCGAAACGUGCGCCAAUCGUAUGCCAUGCCGAGCGUCAAACUAUGGGCUCAGUUAUACUAAUGGCACAUUUGCUUGAUCGUCCCGUACAUAUUUGCCAUAUCGCGCGCAAAGAAGAGAUUAUGCUAAUACGCGCUGCAAAGGAGAAAGGCAUACGUGUGACAUGUGAGGUUUGCCCACAUCACUUGUUCCUUUCCACAGAUGACAUUCCCGCUAUUGGUGACGGGCGUGCGGAGGUGCGUCCCGUGUUAUGUACACCAGAAGAUCAGCAGGCGCUGUGGGACAACAUGAACUGUAUCGAUGUGUUUGCUACGGAUCAUGCGCCACAUACGUGGGAGGAGAAAAACUCUGAGAAGCCGCCACCGGGUUUCCCUGGUUUGGAAACCAUACUACCACUGUUGCUUAAAGCUGUUGACGAUGGUCGGUUGACAUUGGAAGACAUACAGAAUAAAUUCUAUCGCAAUCCCAAACGCAUUUUCAGUCUGCCCGAACAGCCCAACACCUACAUCGAGGUGGACUUGGACGAGGAAUGGACGAUAAAUAGAGAGGAAAUGCAUUCGAAGGCGAAAUGGACGCCAUUCGAGGGCAUGAAAGUGAAGGGUAAAGUGCAUCGUGUUGUCUUGCGCGGCGAAGUCGCUUUCGUUGAUGGUGAGGUGCUCGUGCAACCCGGUUUCGGGCAGAAUGUACGCGGUCAAUAUGGACGCAAGUCGCUGAUGCAACAAUCCAUGGAAUCACUUGAUAUUUUCGCCUCCAUUGACGGUCUCGACAAGCCGCAAGACCGUAGUACCGACUUCCUUUCCGAUUCACAGGCCAACGAAGCGUUCGCUAAGCUAUUGGCCGAACCGCCAUCGAAGGUGCAUUUUGCCGGUGACCCGAGUUUGUUGCGUCCCAUCUCUCCAUUGCCACGCAUACGCUGCGACUCAGCUAGCAAUUCGACUUUGCGUGAGCUGCUGCCCAAAAGCCAUCCUAAUGCGCCACCCAUCAGUCCCUUGGUACACAGUCUGCUCAACAAGCACAUACUCUCCGUUGACAUGUUCAGCAAGGAGCAUUUGAAUGAAAUCUUCAAUUUGGCGCAAUUACUGAAGAGCCGUGUCUCCAAAGAUCGUCCACUGGAUGAUAUUUUACGUGGCAAGAUUAUGGCGUCCAUUUUCUAUGAGGUUAGCACCCGAACCAGUUGUUCCUUUGCGGCAGCCAUGCAACGUUUAGGCGGACGCGUUAUCUACAUGGAUCAGACAAGCUCGUCGGUGAAAAAGGGUGAAACUUUGGAGGACAGCAUCUCCGUCAUGGCCGGCUACUCCGAUGUGAUUGUGUUGCGUCAUCCGGAACCAGGUGCAGUUGCACGCGCCGCUAAUCACUCACGUAAACCGAUCCUCAAUGCUGGCGAUGGUGUGGGCGAACAUCCAACGCAAGCCCUACUCGACAUCUUUACCAUUCGUGAGGAGAUCGGUACCGUUAAUGGUCUCACAAUCACAAUGGUUGGCGAUCUAAAACACGGGCGCACAGUUCAUUCAUUGGCACGCCUCCUUACUCUGUACAAUAUCACUUUACAGUAUGUAAGUCCGCCGAAUCUUGGUAUGCCAGAGGAAAUUGUACGCUACUUAGCUACAAAAGGCGUCAUACAGAAGUCUUUUAACUCCAUGGAAGAAGCUUUGCCGACCACAGAUGUAUUGUAUAUGACACGCAUACAAAAGGAACGUUUCGCCACCGAGGAGGAAUACAAGAAGGCUUGUGGCCACUUUGUCGUCACUCCUAAACUGAUGACUCUGGCGAGUCGUCGCACAAUCGUAAUGCAUCCGCUGCCACGUGUCUUCGAAAUCAGCAAGGAGUUUGACUCGGAUCCGCGCGCCGCCUACUUCCGUCAAGCCGAGUAUGGCAUGUAUGUGCGCAUGGCAUUGCUGGCAAUGGUCGUCGGUUCGAGAGGCUAAAUGCCUACAGCCAAUUUUUCCUACCCACCCCGGCCCGCAUUGCGAAAUAAAAGACAUUUUUGGUACAGUUAUGUGUGUGAUUUUACAUAUAUUUUUUAUAAUUUGUGUAAUCUUUUAUAAACUAAG